AUGCAGACUGCUUCUACAAACAUUUGUGAAAGACUGUGCAAUAAGUCCAUCUGUGAAAUUUCCUUGCUACUAAAUAUUCCACGGUCAACUGUUAGUGGCAUUAUAACAAAAUGGAAGCAACUGGGAACUACAGCAACUCUGCCACAAAGUGGUAGGCCAAAUAAAAUGACAGAGUGAGGUCAGCGCAUGUGAAGCGCACAGUGUGCAGAAGUCGACAACUGUCUGAAGAGUCAAUAGCUAAAGGCCUCCAAACCUUGGGUGGCCUUCAGAUUAUCACAACAACAGUGCAUAGAGAGCUUCAUGGAAUGGCUUUCCAUGGCCAAGCAGCUUCAUGCAAGCCUUACAUCAUCAAGUGCAAUGUAAAGCGUUGGAUGCAGUGGUGUAAAGCACGCCACCACUGGACUCUAG